AUGACGCGCGCGGCGGCGCAGCUCGGCCAGGUCGCCGACUCGGGGGACGCCGAGCCGGAGCUGCUUUUCCUGGGCACUGGCAGCGCGAAGCCCACGUCCCAGCGCGGCCAGAGCGCGAUCCUGCUGCGGUGGGGGGACUUCUCGGCGCUGCUGGACUGCGGCGGGGGGACCUGGCCGCAGAUGGAGACCGUGAGGCUCCUCGGCGAGGAGGCGGCUCUGGAGACGCUGAACGGGCUGAGCCUGGUGUGGAUCUCGCACCACCACGCGGACCACUGCGCGGGGCUGCCCGCGCUGCUCGCCAGCCGCACCGCGCCCGGACUCCGGGUGGUGGCGUCGCCGCAGGUGUCGCGCUUCUGGCGCAGCUCGCUGCCGAUGGCGGGCUGCGGGCGUGGCGGGGCCCUGGCUGCCCCGAUGAUAUCGGCCCCGGUUCCGGCUGCCCUCGGACUGGCUGGUGAGCGUCACCUCCGUGCCCGUGCAGCACUGCCCGCAGAGCUACGCCCUUGUCCUGAGGAUUGGACGGCGACGGCGCAGCUCGUGUACAGCGGCGACUGCCGCCCCUCGGACGAGCUCGUGGCGGCCGCGCUGGGCGACGGCGGCGCCGGGCUGAAGACGUGGCUGGUGCACGAGGCCACGUUCAACCCGGACGAGCAGUCUCAUACGAGGAGCGCGGGCCGCGAUGGGGGCUGCCGCACCCGCAGGGGCAUGAGGGCUGCCAGAGUGCCGCCCCUCGCGCGGAGGGGCAGGCGGGCGCUCCCUGUGCUCUGGCUGCAGGCACUGCUACUGCUGGGAGGGGUGCGCCCAGGCGAGGGACGCUUCACGUUCCUCUCAGUGUGGAACCCACAGAACCUGCUGUCGCCCGCCCGCUUGGACGAGGUGUCGCGGGCACUGGCUGGCGUGGGAAUUGUUGGCCUCCCAGGCACGUGCGUGCGCCAGUGGUGGAACGAGCCUCACCACAAGGCGACGUCGGUGGCCCACCACGUGGUGCAUUUCGGGUGGCAGCGUUCCAGGCUCGUAAACAAGAGCUGCGGAUGUGCGCUGAUGCUGGCCAAGAAAUACUUCGGAGUGAACGACAUCCGACGGCUGGUCACCCCGCCCGUGGGCCUUCGAGGACGAGGCGGACUGGCCUACCUAGCCUCUGGCCCGCUGCUCCUCGCCGUGUUCGUGCUCUACUUCCCCCCGCGGCCCGCGGCCAAGGGGGAGGCGCCCAUCUGGCGCGACACCUGCCGUGCACUGGUGGCCUGGGCGCGGGACGAGCUCCUGCGAGUGCCUCAGCGGUAUACCCCUGUGUUGCUCAUGGACCUGAACUCGGGCCUGUCCCAGCACUUCGACGAGGACCCCGUGGUCGGCCAGUUCGGUGCAGCGACAGAGAGCUAUGCUGGCAAGCUGGUCCAUGAGUGGCUAGCGGGGGCACGUAUGCAGUUGAUCAACACCACGCAUCGGGUUGGCAACACUUUCUUCGGCAUGGGCGGAGCGUCCUCCCAGAUCGACUACAUCUGUGCACCCCAGAGUGCUGGAGUGUUAGUGGAGUGGGCGAAGGCGUGGCACCGUACGGCCGAGGCUGCGCGAGCGUCUCCCGCGAUCCUCGACCACGUCCCCGUGGUGGCCAAGAUUCGGAUUGUGCCGCCCUUGAACCAGCUGCCGCUGCGAGAGCGCUGGGACCGCCCGCGCUUGUCAGGAGCAGUCUUGUCGGGUAGUGGACGAGAGCAGUUCAUGACCGACCUCCACGAGGCUUUCCUGGAGAUUGGUCCGUCGCUCGACGUGCUGGAGACGAGGGAGGCGACGACUGGCCACGCCACGCUGGUCAUGGGCACUAUUCGCAAGAUCGGGCUGGCGCACUUCUCCCAGGCCACGGUGCGCCCAAUGUACGAGAAGAAGUUGGACGAGAAGAAGUGGCAGCUGCUCCGUGAGAGGCGUACCAUCCUGGAGGAGGUGAAGGCGCAGGAGUUUGAGGCCAUGCAGCGCUGCCACGAGACGCCUUCUUCUCCAGCGACCUUGCCGUCGGCUACGGGCCCUACAGUUCGGACGCUCGGCAGCGUGAUCAGGAGCUACACGAAGGCCCUUCAGCAUUGGCGACGCCGCAGAGCUCACGAGCGCCAGAAGUUCACAGAGGACGAACUCCGACACGCAUGGCGAGGUCGUGACAUGGCCCAAGUUCCUCGGCUUGCCCGCUCGCUGGCACGCACGGGCAUCGGCGUGAAGAACCGAAACUACAGAGCACACGCCUCGUGCAACCCGACGUGCGACGAGUGGUCGACCUUCCUCGCGCAGGGCCCGCUCUUGGGCGGCUUGGCAGCCGUUCGCACGACCAUCCCUCUCUGCCACAACUUGAAGCCCGACAGGCUCACGGACUUGGGAAACACCUCGGACUACGCCAUCACUCAUGCGGUGCACAUGUCUAAGGGGGACCUUCGUGGUGGCCAGUCGGACUUCAAGAUGACAAUCAAGGCCCUACGCCGCACGAAGAUUGGCAAGCUCGCGCCGUCCUGGCAUUGGGAGAAGGACGACAUCGCUUGUACCGUCUUGUCCUGCAUGUACGACGCAUUGGACUUCUACCCGCGCAGGCGAAGGGGGCACUUGAUGAUGGCGACGAGGAUCGCGGCGUGGAAGGGGCACCACUCAGGACAGCACAUGCUCCACAAGAGCUACGACGCCACGAACGCGUUCGGGCGCGGCCGCAAGGAGGACCUAGAGCGUUCCGUCAGGGCCCGGUUGGAGGAGGACGAGGAGAUCAAGGACCAGGACCUUAACUAUGUGACGGCGAUCUCCCGUCAGCGACGCACGGCGCUCGCCGUCGUCAUUCCAGCUGCCGACGGCGAGGUGGCCCUGAGGAUGCAGAACUUGCCCGAGGUCGACGCAAGCCUGGGAUGUUUUAUGGACGACACCUUCAAGACCCAGCUUCUGUCGGCGCCCCAGUCCGCGUCGGAGGUGAUCCGCCUCUCGCUGCGCAGCGACUCCCAGGGCUUGGACCAGGCUCUCCUGGAGAGGGCCUACGGCCAGAACAGGGCCAAGCAGGACGUGGUGCCUGCUUUUCCUUCGAGGCAGCUGGUACGUCGUACGAUUGCGGAGCUUAACCGCAGCGGCUGCCGCAGCAUCUACGAGUUGAAGCACCUGGGCGCCUGGUUCAACGCGGUGAACAGCAACAGUAACGAGCUCAAGGCACGGCUGGCUGCGAUUACGAAAGGCUGGAUGAUGGUGCAGGGGUUCUGGUACUCGUCGUCGCCUCUACGAAUCAAGCGCUUGAUGUUCAUAUCCUUGGUGAGCGGUGCGGCCCUCUCGGGCACGGUGGCAUUUUGCUGGACGGCUGCGGAGACCAAGCAGUUGUGUGGUGCAUUGGCUUGCAAGCUACGUUCCAUGAUGGGAGGUACGGCUAAGGCGGGACCAUCACACAUCACGACGCUUACCACGCGUGAGGUAUAUAGGCAUUGGAAUAUUGUGCCCUUUGCAUUGGAGGCUACAGUUCAAAGGCUGAAGGCAUGGCAGGCGAUUGCGAGAGCGCCUCGGAACCAUGCCCACUUGCUGGCCAUCUUUUACGGCGAGAUGCAGCGGGAGGCCACCAGCGCCUACCGCUGCCCACCUACGCUGCUUGAGGACGGCCGCUUCAACGACACGACGCUGAUCCACCCUUGGGCGCGUCAGCUCCGACAGGAUUUGGAGGUGAUGUGCAGCACACCUGAAGCGGAGUCAUUCGCCGAGGUGUGGGGGUUCGGCUCCAUGCUGGACCGGCUGUGGGACGAGGAGGUGAACUACCUCUUCAUCUCGUUCGAUCCACGGUGCCUGCGCAGCGCCUUUGCUGCAGCGCAGUGGGCACCGCCACCUUGCCUGGCAGACACUGUGCCAGCCGCCCAGGACGAUCAGCAGACUUGGGAAAAAGGAGGGCAGAUCCAUCUCAGUCGUCACGCCGAGACCUGUACCGUCCAGACCAAGGCCGAGGGCGAAGAGGCCCGCGGCGCCUGCCUCAGGGCCAUCUUGAUCGAAGAAAAGAGCAGCGUGGUGAAGGCCAUCCAGCAGGAGUCGAAGGACUUCUCGGACCACGCGGCGAACCUUCGCACGCAGAUAGGCAAGUACAAGGAGGACGCCAAGAAGGCGAGCGGCUCCGACGCGGGGGCCGAGAAGGAGGCGGCGACGAAGGCCGAGGAGGUCCAGAAGGAGCUGCGCACGCUGGGGCCCCCUGCCCCAGCUCUCUUCGCGGCGCCCGUCGAGAGCCUGGCGACCGAGGAGGUGGGGGCGGUCAACCGCAGGGCGUUGGAGGCGAUGAAGCAGGAGUUCGUCGAGGCCCCGCCCAUGGACGUUCGCCUGUGCAGGCUGGAGAGCUGCAAGGACGAGGACAUGAUCAAGAUCGUGCUGGCUCUCGACGACAAGGCCAAGGAGGGGGUGAUUACAGCCUCGCUGCACGCGAUGGGAGCUCAGGUGACGAGCGGCAUGGCCCCCUCGGGCUACAUGGAGGACGAGAUCAGCGCUUGGAUCGACGCGCUGAAGGACAGCACCUUCCUCCUGCAGUCCAGCGCCGCGAGCGCCGGCGAGCCGCUGCUUCUGGUCGACCUCGGCGGCACCUUCGACGAGGGCUCCUUCGGCCUCCUGCCGGAGAGCGCCCCCACGUGGUGCAAGAACGAGACCCAGCUGACCUGGAAGCAGAGGAAGGAGCGCAUGCAGCAGCAGCUGACUCUCGAGUGGUCCAAGAAGAUGGUGAGGCAGAUGCGCGAGCAGAACGACACGGUCCCCGAAUGGAUGGACAAGAUCGUGUCCGACGACGAGAAGAGGGGCAGGAUGCGGUGGGCGGCCCAGGAGUCGAAGCGCAUGAGGGCGGAGGGCAAGGAGACGCCCAAGUGGAUGGACGAGCUCGUGGAAGAGGACACCAAGUGGGCCAACCGCUGGGCAGCGUGCAAGGCCGCGGAGCUCAAGGAGGCGAACGAGGAGGUGGCAUCAUGGAUGCCGCGACCGAGAAGGCCGCAGAGCUCCAGGAGCAGAUCGAGGAGAUGGAGGAGGAGAAGGACGAGGACCAGGGAACGGCGCUGGUGGACGCUCAGGGCGACGUCCAGGACGCCAGCAGGAGGACCCGAUGCUGGCCAAGAAGAGGGAGUCCUCCGCGAGGAGAGCGUGAGCUCGCAGUUCCGGCUGCUCGAGGGGGCCCUGGAAGAGCUCGAGCAGGCCGAGGCCGAGAUGGUGAGCGGGGGCCAGGGCCCGACCCGCAGGUUCAAGCAGGCGCUCCGCCGGGCGAAGAGCGCGUCCGAGCUGCUCGACAAGCUCCUGGACCGCAAGGGCACCAUGCUGAGCGCCCAGAUGUCGGCGGCGCAGUGA